GUCUUUGUCAUCAGCAAAUUCUUCGAUAGAAUUUGUCAGCUGCCUUGAAGUUGGUGUAGUUUUGGUCGAACAAGAGCGCGUGCAAGCGGCUGCAGGUGGCAGUUGUGCAUGCUUGGAGGGCUAUCAGACAGGAGUGGACUGCUGAAGAGCCUCGCAGACUCGUACGUUGGGGCUGCCCAUCGCUGCAUUCUUACGCUCACCGAUUUGACACAGUCUGUUUGUCAUGGCGUCCACUGCAGCCUGCCAGAGCCUGCUGCCUGCUCUGUCUGGCACGCAGCCGCGCUCCCCUGCUGUGGCCGCCCUCCGCCCUGAUCCCUGCUGCCAGCUCCCGUGCAAUGCUGCAUCAUGGCACAGCAACCGGGUGCGGCAUAGGCUGCAGACGCAGGCACGGAUUGCGACUGUGAGCUGCGCGCCGCCCGCCGCGGCAGCAUUGUCCUCCUUGUCCUCGCUCAGUGCUCCGUCCCACCUAGCAGCCCUGAGCCACGGGCCCUGUUUAUCCCCACGCAGCGGCACGCCCUCGGGGCGGCAGAUAGAGGCGCGGCGGCGCGAGGAGGGCAUUGAGCCGGCGCAGCGCGUGGUGGCGGGGCUGGCGUACCUGCUGCCGCUGCUGGACGGCAUUCGCUACGGGCGCUUCCUCUUCCAGCAGUACCCCUUCACGGAGGUCGUGCUGCAGCCCAUCCUGCCGCUGGUGCAGCUGUACAACAGCGUGCCCUUCUCCUCCCUCGUCGCCUUCUUCGCGCUGUACCUGCUGGUGGUGAACAACCCGCGGUACUCGCGCUACGUGCGCUUCAACUGCUACCAGGCCAUCCUGCUGGACAUCCUGCUCAUCCUGCCUGGCCUCGUGGAGCGCAGCUUCAGCCCCUCCGGUGGCGCGGGCCUCGAGGCGCUCAUCCUGUUCUACAACACCGUCUUCCUCUUCAUCUUUUCGUGCUUUGCCUUCGGCUCCAUCUCCUGCCUCCUUGGCAAGGAGCCCCGCCUGCCGGUUGUGGCAGAUGCGGCGGAUGCGCAAGUGCCAUUCUAAGGGGGGAUAUAUGAUAACCGGGGAGAUGCACACAGGUCCAACUUACAGUUGAGCAGUUGAAGCAUCGAGAAAGACCACUCUUUUUAUGUUUCACUCGGAAGGCACGGAUCGCAUUGUCACCCAUAGACAACGCGGAUUCAGUAUUCUCAUGCAAAUGUGUGAAGCACAGUUGACGCUCAACUGGGCUGUAGCACGGCUUUCACUCUCUGGCAAGGCCCUGCAAUUGCGGUGUUGGAAAACAUUGAAGAUAAACGAGCA